AUGAAUACCAAGACAAUGGUGGAGAAUGGAGAGCAGGAGAAGUUGUGUGCAGACAGACAGCAGCAGUCUGAGAGGGAGAAGGAGCUGGAGAGGCUGGUGCUCAUACUCCUGAGUCACACAGCUCACACCAGGACCCAGGCCCCUGUCAGCAAGUGCCCCCUCUGCGAAAAGUGUGUUCCAGAGAUGCUCAUUUCAGCUGGAGGUCUCCAGGACCAUCUGCUCAAUGACCACUGUGCAGCCAGGCCCCCCUCUGCAACAAACCCCUUCACCUAUAGAGUGCUGGAAAACUACAGCAGAGCUAAGGAGCGUAACUUUGGCUGUAAAGUGUGUGGGAAAGUGUUCAAGCGCUCUUCCACUCUAUCCACACACCUGCUGAUCCACUCGGACACACGGCCCUACCCCUGCCAGUACUGCGGCAAGCGCUUCCACCAGAAGUCUGAUAUGAAGAAGCACACUUUCAUUCACACAGGUGAGAAACCACAUGUGUGUAAAGUGUGUGGUAAAGGGUUUAGCCAGAGCUCCAACCUCAUCACCCACAGCAGAAAGCACAGCAGCUACCGGCCAUUCCACUGCCCUCACUGUCAGCUCAGCUUCCAGCGCAGGGUGGACCUACAGCGCCACCAGGAGAUGCCUUGCAGUUAUAACACCUUGUAUACUCCAAACUGAGCGCAAGAUGGGAAACA